CUGGGCACCAAGGUGAAAGCGAAGGUAUAAAGAGGCCGAACAAUCUACAGGAAAACCCUUCUUGCGAGGACUUAACAGCCGACAGGAUGAACCUUGCUCGGUUCCUAAUCUUGGCAUCAAUUUAUGUCUCCUUUCUAGUAGGCUCGGACACUGCCUCCAUCUCUAGGAACUUGUUGCAGUUCCAUAAAAUGAUCAAAUGCACCAUCCCCAGCAGCGACCCACUGAAGGAUUAUUCAAACUAUGGUUGCUACUGUGGCUUGGGGGGCAGCGGGACACCGGUCGAUGAACUGGACAAGUGCUGCCAGAUCCAUGACAACUGCUACGGUGAGGCCAAGAAGCAUUCCAAGUGCAAAUUCCUCAUAGACAACCCUUACACCAAGACCUACGCCUACAGCUGUUCGGGCAAUGAUGUCACCUGCAGCGAUGACAACGAUGAGUGUGCGGCGUUCGUCUGCGAGUGCGACCGUAGUGCGGCCAUCUGCUUUGCAGGGGCUCCGUACCAAGAGAUAUAUAAAAAGCUGGACACGAGCAAACACUGCAAGUGAUGUUUGCCCUCGCCGCUGCUUCUCACGCAUGCUGAUCCUUUGGCAGACAACUGGAGGGAUUGAGACACGGUCAAUAAAGCCGUUGUGUGUUCUCUACAGCAAAGAGAUUGCUUCAUGAGUCAUGAAUAAAAUAAAAAUA